AAAGUCAACGUAGUAAUGCUAAAACAGUAGUAGACUUUGUUGAAAAUCUUUAUGGAAUUCAAAAAGUACGUUCUACUUUAUCUAAAGAGAAUUCAGAGCAAUUAACUUUUCAUGCUGGUCUUAUUCAAGAUAUAAAAAAUUCUAAUUAUUUUUAUGUUAGGAAAAGAAAUAAUACAUUUCAUUCACCAUAUAAUUUAACACACAUAAAACUUAAAAACAAAAUUCAAUUAGAAAUUAGUAAAAUGGUUGAAAAACUUGUUUUAAAACAUAAUAUAGAAAUUUUAUCUCAGUAUUACUUAGUUAAUAUUCAUUUAGAAGAAUGUACAUAUUUAGAUUUUAUUUGGAAUGGAUCUUUUCAUAAUAUCUGUAAGCAUUGUCAUGCUACUUAG